AGCUUAGACUCAUCCAGUCCCUCACAAAUGUUCGUCAGGAUUUCUGUAGCUACGAUAGCCCUCACCUCACUUGCUGAAGGCAUCGUGGUCGACCGUCCAAGUGGUGAUGAGAAGCCUCUUAUGGGUAGCUUCGACGACUUGGAGCUCACGCCAGAGGCCAUCAACCUACUGAAGGAGUACGAGGCCGAUCUUAUCAAGCAAAAUGAAGAGUUUAUUGCCUCAUCCUCUGCAACCUCCCUGCUAGCAGCAGUUUCGGCUGACGGUAGCUUUUCAUAUCCCCCGGGUUGUUCACCGGACAUUCGCCCGGAAGGCAAGUACUUCUGCUUCCAUGGCAAGCGCAAUACAACUCGUAAAGGGAAGGAGGUGACAGCCAUUGUUGAUGUCUUUGAUCUUAAAGACCCACAGGACAAUGUCGCUUUGGGCAUGACGGCCACUUUCGAUGCGAAGAGAGCGACAUAUCUGGACCUCCACGCUGGCGGUGAAGCAGAGGUGGUAGCUUUUGGUAACAGAAACAAGCUUGGCGCGGCCAUAUCCUUGGCGACCUACGAUAUGCAAGCCUCCUCCAAGCCCGGUCUACUCGGUCGUCUACAGACCAAGGUCAAGGUUGAUCCUCGUUUUAAAAUCUAUGUUCUCGGUUACCAAGUUAUUAACGUGGAACAUACCGGCAAUCAAGCUAGCUACGUCUACGCCACAAAGCCUGGGACUAUGGGCUUCAACGUGUCAACAGGGACUACCAAUAAGAUUAAGCUUGGUACCGCUGGUGCUUCCCUCCAUUUGACCUUGGACACUUACAAGAACAAUGACAGCGUAUGGAUCCUUAAGGGUACAGGGAUGGCCUUCGUCAAUAUUCCACUCAUCAAGCUCAACAUCCCGGUGACAUUCAUUAAUGACAAGAUCGUCCUGCCACAGUAA